CCAUACAUACUUUGUUCUGCCAUUACCAGCACAACACAAUGCUACUUCUCUCUUCCAUUUAUAAUCACAAUUCAUCAAUGGCAGCUUCUUUCCAUUCCCUCACAUUCUUCUCCUCACUCUCCAAAACUCUUCACAAAUCACGUUCAUCUUCAGUCCCAUGUAUGAUUUUUCAUCACAGUAGCACACACUCUUCGUUCAAUGGCCAAUCUGUGAACCUGCCACGUUUGAGGUUAUCCAAGCUAAAGCAAAAUCCUUCGAAACACUUGCCUGCUAUGAUGAUGGCCAAACCAGCCAUACAGUUCAUUAGGGGAACUGAUGAACAGACAAUACCAGAUGUGAAGCUUACUACAUCACGUGAUGGAACAAAUGGUAUGGCCAUCUUCAACUUCGAUCAACCCUCAGUUUUUGAUUCAUCUCGUGAAGUUGCCGAUAUCACUGGUUUAUACAUGAUUGAUGAGGAAGGGGUUCUUCAGUCUGUGGAUGUGAGUGCUAAGUUUGUCAAUGGAAAGCCUUCAGGAAUUGAAGCCAAGUAUGUGAUGCGGACUCCAAAGGAUUGGGACAGAUUCAUGAGAUUUAUGGAACGAUAUUCUGAUGCAAACGGUUUGCAGUUCAUUAAAAAAUAAGUUAAUAUGGAAUACCUUCUGUCUUCUACCCUUUGUCAUGUUAAUUUUUUACGUUAAUUCUGAUUCAGAAAACAUGUAAAGAUGAGAGUUUUGACUAAAUCUUGGCACAACCAAUUUAUUUAGCAUUUAUAAAUGGGCUUACUCUUAAA